UGCACGAUUGUGGGACAUAACUGCUGCUGACACGACCGGGUGAACUGCUGAUGGCGAGAGAACACACGGGAAGAGGUUGACGAAGAGGCACGGACUGACGAAUGUCCACUCACCGCACUUGGUCGAAAGCAGGUACUCGAACAGAAUUCGAGAACAGCACCUGCGAUGCCUCCUCCAGCCGAGUUGCAGGAUCGGUGCUGGGGUGUUCCCGUGGUGGCGACCUUCUCGGCAUUCCUCGUCUUCUUGCCACCGUCCAGCGCUGGCCUGCUGUACGUGCUAUUCAUGGGCGAGUUCGGCAUCACCCACGAAAUGGCCGCCUGGCCGCAGUCCACGUACACAGUGAUGUCGAACUCGAUAGGUCUGGUGCAAAGUGUUGUCCAGCAGAGGGUGCCCCUCUACCACCUCACCCUGUUCGGAGUCGGGCUUACCUGUGCAGGCUUGGUUGCGUGUGCUUUCUCGCCGGACAUCGUAUGGAUGGCGGCAUUGUACGGCGGCGUGUACGGAGCCGGUGCCGGGAUUUCUAUGAUCAGCCUAUCGCUCUACCUUCUGCUAUACUUCGACAAGUACCGUGGCACUGCGACCGCCUUCAAGUACACCGGCUGGGCAGCGUCGGGAAUUGUUGGUCCUACCUUGAUCGGCUACAUCGCUGAGCACUACGGUGCCCAGGGAGCUCUUCUUUUCAUCGGCGCGAUGGCCAUGCACGCCCUGCCACUGGUCAUGCUGCUGAGCGAUCCGCAACCCGUGACCAUACCGGCGUGGUGCGUUAGAAAGCCGGCGAAGGGCUUCUCAGCCCCUGUGGCACCAAAUGUACAGCAAUGCAUAACCAAAGGGGCUGAACUGACACCAAAGCGACUGCUUCUAACGAGGCGAUACGUGACGAAUGGGGAAGCGAAUAAAGAACCCGUGACGAAGGAUAAGGCGAUGGAGAAGGAGACCACGAAACACGACUCAGGGAAAAUUCUGGUGACGGACGUUACGAAGUUGGACGAGACUACAACGUGCAGUCCCAACAGCUCGCCACCUGUGAAGCUGUGCCGCGAAAAAGCGUGUCUGCGCCAAGCAGAUGAGGGUCGAUUCGCCCAGUCUGCUGGAGCACUACGCGAAACUCUUUCGGUCGCCCAUGUUUUACGUGCUUCUGAUACCCUUCAUGACGAUCGACUACAUGUUGGCGAUGGUCGACACCACCAUCGUAGAGUACGGAAUCGACAAAGGAGCGGCAACUCUCAAGGACGCCAAGCAGCUCCAGACAUACACGGCUGUGGGCCAGUUGGUCGGUCGCAUGGUGGUGCCCUUUGUCUCGGACAAGAUUGCGAGCAGUCGCUGUCCGUUCACGGCCGCGAGCCUCGCGGUGGCGGCCGCUUGCCUGCUCCUGAUCUCCCACGUUAAGGAUUUUAUGACACUCGCUGCCCUGACCGCGGUGGUCGGCGUGUGUGAAGGUUAUCUGCUGUGCAUCAAGGGCGUGCUCAUCGGCGACUAUUUGGGCGUCGAGACCCUUGCAGCUGUGUGUGGUCUGCUAGGAGUGGCCAGUGUCCCUGCCUUGUUAAGUGCGCCGUCCAUUAUAGGCUUUUUCAGGGAUCAGCUGGGUUCGUACGACAAGUUUUACUGGAUGCUGGCAGCUGUAAGCCUCGUCUCUGCCUGCGUGAUGUGCUGCAUAGCGGUGAUAGACAGAAUGCACCGGAAAGCAUGGGACUUACACAUUACCAGCAAGAAACCGCCAGGAGAGAUUGUAGGAACAGCCUAAGGAACAGAGAGACCUGCUCCAAAAGACCGUUUGCCAUCGUGACGCCUUGCACUGUUUCCGAGUCGACGUUUCAAGCAGGUGCAAGCAGCUUAGGUGGGACACCGAAGGACACCAAAAGCUGUGAUUAGGCGUGCGCCACACUAAGACGACAUGUGUCAUCGUGAUACAUACUGUGUGUUCUACUUUAUGCUUUGAGAUUUGUCAUCUCGCUCUUUCUUUCCUCUUUCCUCCCCUCCUUCCGAUCUUCCAUUUGUAUGUUUCCGUCUCCUCCUUUCUGAAGAGUUGGCAGGAGUUGUGCCCUUUCCAGUGGCAGUUGCCAGCCUUUCUCCUCGCUUUCACUUUCCUGUGUACAUGUUUUCAAAUCAAAUAAUAAUAAUAAUGAUAAUCCAUGGCUUCGGCAUACGGAGCUUAUCGAGUACCUGAAAAACUGCGAGAUUCGUUUCGAACUCUCGCACAAGAGAUAUGUCAUGCGUGUUUGGAAUUUUCGCGCAAUGCUAUGAGAUCUGAGAGCCCGGGACACCAGGGAACACCCAUAACUGUUGGCACUACAGGUACUCAUUGCUUAUGAGUACCUUAUGAACCACGCACCAUUGCUUAUGAACCACGCACCAAAGCCUAUGCUUUGGUGCGUGGUUUGCAAUAAGUGUAUGCCUAAAAUAACUGCACAUGUUGUUAAAUGUGAAGAACAAGCAUAAAUAAAAAAAUGUGUUCGAAGUUAGCGGCCCCUAAAACAAAAGAUUGGAGAGGUUUCGAAAUUGUAGCACAUGUAGAGAUGAUCGUGUUGAAAGAUUUGUCACAAAAUGCCUUUAUUCUUGCCAAAAUCCGGGAUCGUCUUCUCAGAGCCGAUUUUCGUAAGAAUAACGCACAGCUCAAAGCACACUUUUUCUUAUGGCUAGAAAUCUAGAAUAAUAAAUUGUGAGAUGUAGAAUAAGGUAAUUUUUAAUAAUAAUACUUCAUUACCUAAUAAGGAAGGUGAUAAUGGGAAAAGAAAAUAAAGAUCACCGCAACAAGCGCAAGUUGAGAAAUGUCUUCAGGGAAGUUUACUUUAUAUAGUGGCGUAAUGUACAGAGCGUUUGUUAUCGACGCAUUUAUGCUACCGAAUCACUGAAUCUACUUGUGCAACUUUGUUGUGCAGAAUUUGUCAUCUCAUGUCAAAGCGGCACGCUAGACAAACCCUGCGCCCCUUGAAGGGUACUACUUAAAGCUACAGUCAAUCGCAAAUGGUGUCAUCAUAACAGCGUUUUACGGGCACGGUUUUUUAUUGCCAUAAACAACAUAAAAAGUCGCUAUCGCUGCGUCAAGAAACGGCGCAACAGGGCUAUCUCGCCCUCAUAAUUCUCGAGCGCUGUCCCUGACCUGCCGGGCUGUAACGGCUGCCCAGAGUACUAAACAUCUUAUGCCGUUUGGCCAAGUAUAUGACAUGUCGCACAAUGAGCUGUCUCAUGUAGCGGUCAACACGCAGAGUUUCCAAUCGUGCACGCUAGCACCAGACUAUAUUUCACAACCAAACCGUGCCAGCAUGUUUUUGACACUUGUUUGACGCGGAACAAACUCGCGACGUACAUAUCAAAGAUUCGGAGCAAACGUGUUGCACCAGGUUCACCUUGGUGUAAUAAAAAUAAGGUGUGUUAGACUCUUGCGUUUGAACUGGAAAAUAGUCAAUUUCUUGAAAAGAAAAAUGACUUGUCACGUUUUAAAUAUAUGAGGCCAACUAGCUAUAGUAGGGAUUAGUGGGGUGUGCAGUAAAAAAAAAAAAAUCUCGAGGUGGUCGAAGUUAUGUUUUGUAACCCUCGUUAAGAUGUUUUUUUUAGCCCCCAAAAGUUGGCUGGUUAUUCAUAAUAACAAGGAAUAAAUUACACUUUUAGAAGCUUCACAUUCCUUAUGUCACUGGCCACUCAUCUCAUUUGUGCCAGAACUACACCCUGGUUUUCAUCACCCUUGUGAAACUUGUAGGGCAGGCUCAAGCUUUACAUGACCAGCAGGCUGUCUCUAAGAUACCCAGCCAAAAGAACGUUUUUAGCCGGGGUAACAAAUUUACAGGAGGGCCACAGCCAAAAAUCCAAAGAAGUUAAUCUAGGUACUAAAUUUGCGGUAUGUUCUGGUUAUGAAAGCCCGCGGUAACACAGAUGGAGGCAUUUUUGGCAGGUCACAUAGGUAAUUACAUUGUAAUCGAUGUUAACUGGAUACGUUUCAUUAGUUUUCGUGUGAAUGCAAUCGUAUCCCGUGACCAGAAAUCCUCAUAGCUUUAUUUAUUUAUUUAUUUAUUCAUUCAUUAAACCUCAAAGGCCUUGAUGCGAUGCAUUGCAUGAGGGGUGUACUAUUGACCAAAAAAGUUUAUGGACCAAGGAAUCUGACAAAAAGCUGAAUAUAUCCGCAGCCUCAAAACGCAGCGUGGUAUCCCAUUUCCAGCCUCUACUGGCAUAUGCGAACAACAUUGUGAUGUACGGUUUUACUGGCUACUUUUCAAGGCUGCUCGGAUAUUUAGCGUUUUCUGAGAUCCCGGGGUCCGUAAACUUUUUUGGUCGAGAGUACAUAAGUAGAGCAGUGGUGGUUUAGAUGAUAAAACGUUCUUCAAAGGCGGACUUGAAUUGGAGGUGAUCCGUUAUCAAAUCGAUGGGGGCAGGAAGGUCAUUCUAGUCUUAGGCAGUACGUAAGAAAAAUAUAUUUUUUAUAAGUCGUUGUGCUGACUCAUGAAGGCUAAGCGGUGUUUUGAUGGCUGCUGCACGAUAUGCGAUGCGCAGGUCGAAAGUAAUCGCUGUUUAGUGCUAAAGAAUAUAAAAACUUUAGAAAAAGCGAAUGGCAUGGUAUUGUACGACGAGAGGCGAGUGCAGAAAAAUGAAAUGGUGUUUUCAUGGAGGUAACAGUGAUAUGGUAGAAGUAGUUAGAGAGAAUGAAACUGUCGGAAUAGUUUUGGAACGAUUCUAGCCUGCUAACUAAAUUAGCUUGGCGAGGAUCAAAAAUGACCUAGCAUAAUCAAGCGUAGGUCGGACAAGUGUUAUAUGGGUGAAUAGUUCGACAAAAGCUGGUGAAAAGUCUAGAUUACCGCGUAAGUGGCCUAGUUCUCUAGUACGAGAUUUGAAGAAUCACUGAUUUCUAUAAUAUGCUUGGACCAAGUGAGAUCGCAAGAAAGCUGAACGCCAAUGUAUUCAAAUGGGGGUGUGUGAAUAUUCGAAGCGUUCGACUAUCGGAUGGAAUAGCCCUUAUUCGAACCAGUAUUCGAGUCGAAUCGUCAUUAUUUGUAAAUACGAGUACGAAUUGUUUUUGAACAUCUCAAAUCGCCACCUGUGCACGAUCAAGCAUAAAAUUGGAGCAAAUAUGUAAAAAUUUCAAUCCCGGCGGCCAUAGCAGGUAUAGUAAGCGAGAAGUUACGUAAAGGAGCACUCUGCGUCACUCAGAAAAUCAGACUCUUUAGGCUAAACCACCAUCAUACGCACUCACCAAUGAUUCCUGAGUAUGUGAGCAAGCUGUUUGUUUAAUCCUAAUACUCUAUUUCUGCUUUUAAUAAAGUCCAUUGUGAUGACAGAGUAGAGACAGCUGAUGCAUGAAAUAUAGGGUGAUACACAAUGCAAUUAAAGGCAAAGAGCCGCGUGUUAGACUUAACACAGGGGAGUAAGUUGUCACUAUAUAUAAGAAAUAGAAGCGGUCCUAAUGCACUGCCCUGAGGGACACUUGAGAGUACUUGGUAUAGAGGAAUGAUUAGGAGUUAACAAGAACAAACUGCUCGCGGUUAGUUUGGGAACAUCAUAGCAUGUUUUCCAUUGGAAACUAUGCUCAUCUAAGCUGAGACACGAUAGCUUGAGCAAAAGGCGAUGGCGAGAGACUUCAUCAAACGCCUUCUUUAGGUCGAUAAUUAAAGCGUCCAUGGACGUGUUUUAGUUAAAGUGCGUGUAAAUGUCUUGUAAGUAAAGAGCAAGUUGCGUUCUGGAAGAGUGACCAUAGCAAGAACCAUGCUGAUUAGGAUGAAAAAGCUCGCGGAUGAUAGAAAACGGACUGUCUCUCAAUAUCUUAGAUAAUUAAAAGAGUGCAAAUAGGAACAUUCGAAACCACGCAAACACCCACACACGCAGACCUACUAGAUACGUAUCCAACACACAGCGCUCAAUUAUUGCUGAUAUUUAAGGUCACGUUUAUAAAGACAGUGCUCUAAAAAAUAAUUGAAGCCACUAUCAGAAAGACAGAAUAUGUUGGUCACAGCGUUCCACCCAAAAACGACACUUCCGCAGGUACCAAAGAUACAUAUGAUUCACUGACAUACUGCUGCUCGUUCUUUAUAAUGAAAAAGGCUUCUAGGGCCACACGUGCUAUUCUUCUGGCGCUUUCGUUAAGAGUCUGCGUGUCACGAAACCAUUGCUCACAGCGACAUGACCCGACAUGGGCAACCAGGUGCGCAUACUUAUCUUCUUUUUUCUUUACUUUUUGUGCGUCCUCCCGCAAUCGAUCAUUCAAAGAUCGCUCGGUUUGCCCGAUGUACACUUUACCGCAGGCAAGAUGAAUUUAAUAAACAACUCCAGUGGAACAUUU